GACGUACUUCCUGAACGUUUUUCAACACACGUGUGUUGAGGGUAGAAUGUCUAGAUAGUACGUGUUGACACUUAUUUAUUUGUUUAUUUUAUUUUAUUUUUUUUAUAUUUGCCUGUUAUUUUUAGCCUAUUAAUAAACUUUACAAUUGGCAUCAUACAGAAUACUCUGCGGUCUUGACACUUUCCUGCUAGACAGCUUUCUUUGGCAAAUGCUAGUUACUUGGCUAGCUGGCUAGCUAGUGUGGUCUGAAGACAAAGUUAUUGCCAGCAAUAUGUUGUCAGAUUUUGAUCUGAUUGGGACCAUUCAGGAUGAGGCAGAUGUACCCGAGGAGAACGAAUCAGAGUCUGAUGCUGAAGAGGAACAGCCAAUUGUUUUGAAUAAGGAGAAGCGAGCGUUGAAAGGACGGGGCAACAGCGACUUCAAUGUCGACUUUGAGUUUGGAGAGAGAGAUGGACUGUACAGCGAAGACUGGGCGAUGGCGGAUGUUAUGGCCCAACUCAAAAAGAGGAAAGCACCCACCACACUGGAUGAGAAGAUAGAAAAAGUGCGUAAAAAGCGCAAAAUCGAGGAAAGGGCUCAGAAAGAGGGCACAAAAACAGGUGCUCCGCUUGCUGAGGAAGAGCGGGAGGAUGAGGUUGAUGAUGAAGAUAGUGAUGAUGCCAAAGAUGAAGUUGGUGACAAAGAAACUGCUGAUGGGGAUGAUGAUGGAGGGAGUGAUGAAGAGGAUGAAUUUUCUUCAGGAGAUGAAGUCCUCAAAAAAGCAGAUACAGUCAGAGAAAAAGGCAAGAAAGGCCAAAAGAAGGCUGCAGAAGAGCAACCUGAAGCAUUUUUUGAAGAUGCAUCACAGUACGACGAGAGCCUCACAUUCCAGGACAUGAAUCUGUCCCGACCACUGCUGAAGGCCAUCACUACCAUGGGCUUCAGGCAGCCCACACCGAUCCAGAAGGCCUGUGUGCCUGUGGGUCUGCUGGGCAAGGAUGUCUGUGCCUGUGCUGCUACAGGAACUGGGAAGACGGCGGCCUUCAUGCUCCCAGUUCUGGAGCGCCUCCUCUACAAGCCGAGGGAGACGCAGGUGACCCGGGUAUUGGUGCUGGUACCCACCAGGGAGCUGGGUAUCCAGGUGCACUCUGUGACUCGCCAGCUGGGCCAGUUCACCAACAUCACCUGCUGCCUUGCCGUGGGUGGCUUGGACCUGAAGUCACAGGAAGCGGCCCUGAGGGCAGGACCGGAUAUCCUGAUCGCCACGCCCGGCCGCUUGAUCGACCACUUGCACAACACUCCGUCUUUCGAGCUCAGCCAGAUCGAGAUCCUCAUUCUGGACGAGGCAGACCGGAUGUUGGAUGAGUACUUCGAAGAGCAGAUGAAGGAGAUUAUCCGCCUGUGCUCCUACCAGAGACAGACGAUGCUGUUCUCUGCCACCAUGAGUGAGGAGGUGAAAGACUUGGCCUCGGUCUCACUGAAGCAGCCAGUGCGCAUCUUCGUGAACAGCAACACAGACGUGGCACCUUACCUCAGGCAGGAGUUUGUGAGGAUCCGUCCAGCCAAGGAAGGGGACAGGGAGGCCAUCGUGGCAGCACUCCUCACGCGGACCUUCCAAGAUCACGUCAUGCUCUUCACACAGACCAAGAAGCAGGCGCACCGCAUGCACAUCCUCCUGGGCCUCAUGGGGUUAAAGGUUGGCGAGCUCCACGGCAACCUGUCUCAAACUCAGAGACUGGAGAGUCUCAGGCGCUUUAAAGAUGAACAGAUUGACAUCCUGGUGGCCACAGAUGUAGCAGCCCGAGGUCUGGACAUUGAGGGAGUCAAAACAGUUAUAAACUUCACCAUGCCCAACACGCUGAAGCACUACGUCCACAGGGUGGGGCGCACAGCGCGGGCAGGAAAGGUGGGCCGCUCUGUUUCUCUGGUGGGGGAGAGCGAGAGGAAGAUGCUGAAGGAGAUAGUGCGAAAAGCCAAGAUGCCUGUCAAAGCUCGCGUUCUGCCCCAAGAGGUGAUUCUGAAGUUCCGGGAUCUGAUCGAGAAGUUGGAGAAAGACAUAUAUGCUGUGUUGCGUUUGGAGAAAGAAGAAAAAGAGAUGGCGCAGUCAGAAGCAAAGAUCAGCUCAGCACAGAAGCGGCUCACGCAGAAGGCGGACGAGAAGCCACUGGCGAGGACAUGGUUCCAGACGCGCGAGGAGAGAAAGAAAGAGCGGAUGAGCAAGGCUCUGCAGGACUUCGACCUGGCUCUAAGAGGGAAGAAGAAACGUGCCCAGUUCUUGAACGAGGGCAAGAAGAAAGUGCUGUCGGCUGAAGAGCGAGCUCAGUUUGAGAUACUUAAGUCUCAGAUGUACGCUGAGCGGGUGGCAAAGCGAGACCGCAAGCCCAAGCGAGCGAGAGCAGUGCCAGAGGACGAGCCAAGAGAGACAGCUACCACCAAAAAAGGUGGGAAGCCUGCAAAGAAGUCUGUGUUUGACAGAGAACUCACCAACGUUAGCAAGAAAGCUCUGAAGCAGUACAGAGCAGGACCUUCUUUUGAGGACAGAAAAAGACUCGGCCACGUUCACAAGAAAGGAGGACGCUUCAAAUCCAAAGCCAAGUUCAGAAGAAAGUGAGGAGUUUAUGCUGGCUGCAGUAACAAAGGCAUUUUUGCUCGGGUUUGCCAUCAUCUUCUGCUUGCAGCUCCCAUAAGCUUCCAGAUAUGAGUGUGGCGGGAAGCAAAUCUGCUCUCAGCCUCGCUACAGAAGACAACUUGACCUUCUGCAUAUUCACCUGUACAUUUGUUUGUGGCCGAGAAAACGUGUAUUCCACCUUGCAUGCUACAGUAUAAACUAGGAGCAACAGAAAGCCCAGUUCUCAAAUUGGAGGAAUCUGACCGUUUGGCACCAGCGUUAUUACAACUGAUUAUGGAUGGAGAGAAAACAAGUGGAUUUUAGUUCUGUUUGCAACAGUUAAAUCUAGUUUGUUAUUUGCAUUUGUAGUAUCUGUGAAAUUUGCUUCUUGGCUACAGUCGCAAAAUUCUGCGAAGUUAUUAAAAACUCGUGGGUCUGAA